AUGAGUCAUCAACGAGUUGUUCAAGUUCGUCAACCAAUCACCAAAUCAGCCAAAGAUUUAUACAUUGAUAAUGAAUAUCCAAUUCCUGAAUUUUCUGCCCCACCACCAUCACAACAACAAUCAGCAGUUGGUAAUACUCAAGCCUUGAUUAAAGUUUAUUAUGCUGCUUUGAAUCGUGCUGAUAUUGUACAAAGAAAUGGAAUGUAUCCACCACCACCUGGUAGUAGUCCAAUUAUUGGAUUAGAAGUUUCGGGUAUUAUUGAAAAGUUUUCCAAUGGACAAGAAACAUCCACUGAUGGUCAAUUCAAAGUUGGAGAUUACGUUUAUUGUCUUGUUGAAGGAGGUGCAUAUUCUGAAUAUGUUAUUGCUACUACAAGUCAAAUGUUUCAUUGUAAUGGAAUUUCAUUGAAGGAAGCUGCUGCAAUUCCAGAAGCUUUCCUGACUGCAUUUCAAUGUUUCUUCAAAAUUGGAAGAUUACAUGAAAAAGUUGAGGGAAAUCUCAAUGUUUUGAUUCAUGGUGGUGCAAGUGGUGUUGGAUUGGCAUUGAUUCAAUUGUGUAAAUUGAGUGGAUUGUGUAAGAACAUUUGUGUUACUUGUGGAAGUGAUGAGAAGGGUGAAUUUUGUAAACAAUAUGGAGCUACUCAUUAUGUAAAUUAUAAGGAAAAUCCAAAGUGGAGUGAAAAACUUUCAAAAAUCUUGACCAAUGAUUCUGAAAGUGGUGUUACACCACUCAUUGAUUAUAUUCUAGAUCCAAUUGGUGGAAAUACCUAUUUGGAACAAGAUGUACAAAUUGCCAGAUUAGAUGCCACUAUUAUUGGAAUUGCAUCAAUGGGAGGAACCAGCGCUACUAUUGAUUUAGGAUUAAUGUUGAGAAAGAGAAUUCGUAUUCAAUAUAGUACUUUGAGAAAUAGAUCUCCUCUCUAUAAGCAACAACUUGUUCAAGAAUUGAAAGAUUACAUUAAGGAUGCUUUUGAAACUAAAAAACUAGUUGCCAAUGUUGAUACAGUCUUUGAUAUGGAUCAAGUUAUUCAAGCUCAUGAACAUAUGGAACAAAAUAAGAAUAGUGGAAAGAUUAUUUUAAAGAUUAGAGGUGACUUGGAAUAAAAAAUUUCCAUAAAUGCAA